AUGAUGAGCCAUCCGCAGGUUGUGCCUUGGAAGUCUACUGAUGAAAUAGAACAGCUUAAAGAAUGGUUUUUCAACGGGAGCGACGAUGAAAAGCUCAAAGCGAUUGCCAAAGUGAAGGCAUACUUAGUACGAGGCAAGCUAUUACAUUCAAUAGAAUCAACCUGUCUAUUGACCUCUGCAAAGUUGAAUGAUAAGGCAGGUGCCGAUACUUUGUACGUGAGAAUGACUUACAGUUUUGCGCUUGUAAAGUUUGUCAAUGGCUUACUUGAUCCGCACCAAAAAUCAACCCAUGCAAUUCCUUUGCACUCUAUUGCCAGAAAAUUCAAUCUCCCAUCAUCAUUUGUGGAAAUCAGACAUAUAUCAACCCAUGAAUCGCUAGCUGGUUUGAAAGUGCUACGAAACUUGGUAGCCGAUGCUUUGCAGUGGCUAUAUGAUAAUUUCUGGAACGAAAAUGAUUUCUCCAGUACUCAGUCGAAAAAGGAUUUUGAAGUGAAAAGCAAUCCUUCGAAAUUGUCCGAGAGGGACCAAACCAAGUUUUACAGCCAAGUAAAGGAUAAUUUAAGAGUAUACCGAAGAUUCCAUCGGAAUGGGAUUAGAUUGGUCAAUGAAAAUGAAAUGAAUGAUGAUCCUGAAAUUAUAAAUUAUUGGGAGAACUUACACGCAAUGAGGGACUUCUUAAUCAAUAAAGAAGGAUACAAUAGAGAAGAGAUCUUUAAGAUAUUACUCAAUGUCAUGUGUUUUAAAAAUGUUCUAAUAAUAACUAAAAAAGAUAUUAAGUUUGGCCAGUUAAGGGCCUUGUAUACCCCAUUGUUAACUUACUUGAAUUCUGUAUGCGAAAUGUUCAAAUAUGAACAAAGCUUCAGCGAUAUAUUAUUUGAAUUCUUGGUAGCAAAACAGGAACAAUAUUACUCAGAGAAAGAUGGGACAGAAUUCGAUUUUCGGAAUGAUGCAGAGAUUAAAUUAUCGACAAAAUGGCUCGAACAUCUUUUGACACCAAAGUACACUAAAUCAUUGUUAAACAUCAAUAAUGUACUUAAUAUUAUCGAAAACCAUGGCAAGAACAAACAAACCCCUGCCAUUCUUGAUACAAUUCAAUCUAAAGUCGUCAAAACCCCUGCUCAAACAGAAAAACUAGAUCAAUUGAUUGCCCAAUCAUCAAAUUAUUUACCAAUAGAAGUUUCUAGGGAACCAUCCACAGAUCCAUCAACGAAGAGCAGGAAGCGCAGCACUGAUAAAAUAGACGUCAAUGACGAAAUUGCUAAUUUUAAAAAGAGGCUUAAGAAUAUUAAGACUAAUGCCACCUCAGAAUCCAAAAGCAGCUCAAUAUCCGAAGAUUUUUAUUUUUGGCAACCGGUGGAGUUUUAUGAACCAACUCCGUUCGGCGUCCCAUUGUGA